UAGCUAAAAAGUUUGACACAGCUCCUGAUCAGUGCAGAAUGAGAGCUGAAGUAGAAAGAAGAUUUCGUCCUUUUCCCGAAGAAUAACAACAAAUUGGCGAAGAGGGUUUCCAUUGUACACCAACAAUGGUCAUGGUAUCACCGGAGCGACCAGGGUGUGAAUGUUUAGGUUCGUUAUGCGCUUUAAGACGAGAGUAUUUGUGUCGGUGGGAGUGUUGCUGAUUUUCACCACGCUCUCGGCUGUCCACUUGCUCAAACAGUUCGAAGCGCCUGAGGAUCUAGAAGAUACCAACCUCGGCUUCGACCGCCGAGCGAGAUUUGGUCCCAACAAUGGCAGAGCCAACACUUGGAACAAACAAGAGACAUACUUGCUAAUGUCAAAAGGACAAAUCAGUGAUGAACGUCAUCAGAAUGAUUCGGGUGGCAACGAGUCCCAAAUUCUCAAGCCUCCACUGCCUCGACCUCGCCGCACAGAAGACGGGAGUAAAUUGAAGAAGAGACAGCCGGCUUGGGAACGAGGGUCUAGUUCUAAGAAGGCAUGGGACGACCAAGAAAUAGUUGGGAAGGGCCAUCCAUGGCAGCAGUUUCAUCUUGAUAUCAGUCAGGAUGCAUUGUACAGUGAGGGCGCCCUCUAUAUGGAUGACCUUCUACGUGACCUGGCCAGCGUCCGAAUUGUCAACACCUCUAUGUUCCAAGGAGGCAGCCAGGUCAAACUGGACUUCCGACUGGCGGAUGGCAACCGGGCCAUCGUCAAGCCCAUGAGAUCACCGAGGGAGUUUGUGUACAAAUACAACAACGACGAGCCAUUCUGGUUGGACCAAGAGAGACACAAUGCAGAGAUAGCAGCAUUUCACCUUGACAGACUCCUAGGUUUCAGGCGGGUACCUCCCUGCUCAGGUCGACUCAUCAACUUGACUCAAGAAAUUCUACUCAAGUCCAAGGAUCAAGAGCUGCUCAAUACAUUCUUCUGGAAAGAUGGGAACCUGUGCUUUAUCGGGAAGUGUGCCCCUUGGUUCUGCAAUGAGGACCAUCCCAUUUGUGCCCAGGGGCAUCUGAUGGAGGUGUCCAUGUGCCAGUUCCUGCCGUCCUUUGGGGGAGGCAUCCCAAUAUUUGAAAUGGAAUACCCCUGGAGUCAGGGAGUGAAAGAAUCCCAAGUAUGGAAGGGGAAAAAUAUCUGUGUGGAUUAUCUAAAGGAUCCUGUCUGGACCAGAGGGCGAUUCCUCCUGGAUCUAAUAGAGCAGGGGAUUUUCGACUUCUUUAUUCGCAAUUACGAUCGGCAUCACUUUGAUAUGAUGCGGAAGUACAAGAGACUUGGCACUGUUCUCUUUCUGGACAACGGCAAAGGUUUUGGCAAUCCACAUGUAGAUGAUACCACAUUCCUAGCCCCGAUUUACCAAUGCUGCAAAGUGCGGAGGUCAACGUAUUUGCAUUUGAAAGAACUCACCCAGUUGCGGCUGAGUGACCGCAUGCGCUCGUCCAUGUCACAUGACCCCAUCGCACCUGUUGUCACGGAGGAUCACCUGCAGGCAAUGGACAGACGACUUGAAACCGUCCUACAGACCAUCGAAAAAUGUAUACACGUGCAUGGAGAUAGUCAGGUGCUAGUUGAGACAUUGGACAACUGAUGCUACAAAACAGGGAUAAGAUGGGAGAUCACACCGCCACCAAAAAUAACAUUGUGGAAGGUGCAUCUUUUUUUUUUUACUGUAAUUGAGAUCAAUUUGUCAACCAGAAUAUUAAAUAAAUGUUAUCAAAUAUUAAUUAAAUUACUCUUCCGUCAAAACCACCUGCCAUGAAACGGAGUACUGAUGAUUUAUGCAUUGCAAUUCGUGAAGGUAGACGGUGUUGAUUUUCUGAAAUUCACCAUUGUUUUGCCCUCGAACAAUUAUUCAUAAAUACCUGAGACAGUUUACCCAUUCCUAUUGGUCGAGAGCCCGUCAUGUGGCUGGUCUUAAACGGAUGAUAAAGACAUGGCUGGCUGUUCUUA